AGCCCCGAGAAGACGGAGCCCACCGUGAGCCCCGAGGGAAUCCAGAUGGAGUUGGACGAGGAGAUGGAGAAUGACAUUUGUAAAGUGUGGGACAUGUCGAUGGAUGAGGACGUCGCUUUAUUUCUUCAGGAGUUCAAUGCCCCUGAUAUAUUCAUGGGAAUUUUUGCCAAGUCAAAAUGCCCUCGCCUUACUGAAAUCUGUGUGGGAAUAUUAGGAAAUAUGGCCUGUUUCCAAGAUAUAUGCAUGUCCAUUAGUAAAGAUGAGAAUCUUGGCCAGGUACUACUGCAACGUUUGUGUGAUUCAGACUCCCCAACUCUCCUGGAAACAAGCAGGUUGUUGUUAACUUGCCUCUCCCAGCCUGAGGUGGCCAAUAUCUGGGUUGAGAGAAUCCGAGAGAACCCUUCUGUGUAUGACUGUGUGUGCUUUAUCAUGUCCAGCUCUACAAAUGUUGAAUUGCUGGUAAAAGUGGGUGAAGUGGUGGACAAACUCUUUGAUCUAGAUGAGGAGCUAAUGUUGAACUGGAUUAAAAAUGGCACUUGUCCAUCUGUGGGACCAUCUGUAGAUGAUUCCCCUGAAGAACUUCCAGAUUUUAAGAUUGUGCCUUGUAUACUUGAAGCAGCCAAACAAGUCCGAUCAGAUAAUCCAGAAGGACUUGAUGUUUAUAUGCAUAUUUUGCAGCUCCUGACCACGGUGGAUGAGGGUAUUCAGGCUAUUGUGCAGGUUCCUGAUGGAGGAAAAGAGACUUGGAGUUUGCUGUAUGACCUUGUUUGCCAUGAACUUUGCCAGCCAGAUGAUCCACCGAUCAUUGUGCAGGAGCAGAAGACUGUAUUGGCCUCUAUUUUGUCAGUGCUGUCUGCUAUGUUUGCUUCACAGACAGAACAAGAAUACACAAAGAUGAGGAAAAAUAUGCCUCUGAUUGGCAGCUUGAUUCGUAUCUUGCAAUACAUGGAGGGCUGUGGGAAGAGAGCUGGUGAUAGCUCAAAGGAGUCUGAACAAGAAGAGACUGGAACAGCUGAUAUAAAUGAUGAAGACUUCCAUUUAAAAAUUUUGAAGGAUAUUUGCUGUGAAUUACUUUCAAAUAUGCUUCAAGAACUGACCAAGGAAAAUACAUUAGAAGGACUACACCAGGGACAUUUAAAUGAGCAGACAUGUUCCUGUGCAUUUCAGAACCUCUUACCUCUGUAUUUUGCAUCAGUGGAGAGUUUCCUUGAAGUGCUGCGUGAGGCUGAUCAGACACUUGCUGAUAAUCUCGAAAAACGUUUCCCAAGCCUGAAGGUCCACUCCUAAGAAUGUACAUGAAAUAUUUUCCUUCUUUGGAAUGAAGAUUUUAACUGUUUUAUUACAGUGUUUCAGAAAUCAAGUUUUCAGUAAAUGCAGAAGAAUGCGACAACCUCCUUAGCAACAGGUGGCUUUUAAGAAAUCUUCCAGGUAGCCGUGAUUAACCUAGGGUUGAUCUGGUCUUUAUGGGGAAGGAAAUUACUGUAAUUUCAAUUCUGUAUCUUCCAUCUUAUUUGCUC